GUAUGUGAUAGGCUACUGCUCCACCGCAAUUCACUUCCUUUACACUGUACUGUAAAGCUAUUCAAAACUUCAUCGUUUAAAGUCAAUGAAUAAAUCGACUUCGCAGAAAAUAAUCCUCAUUUCGUAAUAUCCGCAAUAAAAAGCAAAAGCAUUGAUGACAAAACAUGAAUUCUGCGUCUUUUCAUGCUGUUUGCUAAAAAUGAGAGGAACUGUGUGAGCCACGCCCACGUGUUACUAGUAUAAGAAGCGGUAGAUAAAAAAUAAUUUUCACAACAACUGGUUAACGAUGGCAGACAACAAUGGGGAGGCACUGGACCACCAAGAAGGACAUAGCACAGACUGUGCGACGAAAUAUGAAAACAAACAACCGAAAUCCACAGGCAUCCCUUUAUCCACGAAACUGUGCUAUGCCAUUGGAGGGAUGCCUUAUCAAAUGACUUCAAACGCCAAAGGAUUUUUCAUGCAGAUCUUUUUACUGGAUGUUGUGAAGAUGGGGGCCUCUUAUGCAGCCAUCAUUCUCUUUCUUGGUCGAGCUUGGGAUGCUAUUACUGAUCCUCUCAUUGGAUAUGCCGUGAGCAAGAGUGGCCGCACCAGAAUUGGCAAACUUAUUCCCUGGAUUGUGUUCUCAAUGCCGUUAGGGGUCCUGUCCUACACCAUGCUCUGGUAUACUCCACAGGACACCAUGUCCCCUGCAUUCAGUUUUUACUGGUACUUCGCAUGGUGUUGUCUGUUUGACACCUUCAUGAGUUGCUACCAUGUGCCAUAUUCCUCCCUAAACAUGUUCCUGGGGGGCAAUGACAGAGAUCGAGAUUCAGCCACUGGCUACAGGAUGGGAAUGGAAAUUUUUGCUACAUUGGCUGGAGCCGCCAUUCAGGGUCAGAUAGUGGGAGUUCAUCAUGCCAAAAGGUCACAGGUCUGCAGGACGCAGAAUAACACAAAUGUGUCCAUCAACAACAACACCACAGACUUGCAGGGUGAAAUAUCCAUAAACCUUUAUAAUACAAGACGAGCUUAUGUGACCGCUGCACUCAUUUUAGGAAUGCUGUAUUUUUUGUGUUGCCUUGUGCUUUUUCUUGGAGUGAAGGAGAAACUGGCCCCACUAAGUAAACUGGACAGCAUGAACAUGCCUUACCUAACUGGUAUGAAGAUGGUGGUGUGUCACAUUCCAUAUGUGAAGCUUGUAUUUGGCUUCCUGUUUGCUUCACUGGCUUUCCAGAUGGCUCAGGGGAAUUUCGCCCUCUUCUGUACUCAUGCAGCAGAUAUGGGAGCAUAUUUCCAACAUCUUGUUCUCAUAUUAUUGACAGCAGCCACAUUUUCUACACCAUUGUGGCAGACACUAUUGGUCAAACUAGGAAAGAAGACCACAAUAUUCAUCGGCCUAUCAACUUAUAUUCCAUCUCUAAUUGUAAUAUCCCUAGUGAGGAGUAAUUUACCCAUCUUCGUUAUUAUGUCUGUGUUGGCUGGCACCAGUCUGGCAGCACUCUAUCUGCUCCCAUGGUCAAUGUUGCCAGAUGUUGUUGAUGACUUUAAGGUUAAGAACCCAUCUUGCCAAGAUCUAGAACCGUUGUUCUAUUCCUGUUUUGUUUUCUUCAAUAAAUUUGGAGGGGGGAUGGCUGUCGGAGUCUCAACCUUGGUACUACAUUUUGCAGGAUACCAGCCUGGUGCCUGUAAACACAAUUCAGCAGUCAUAUAUUCACUGCGGAUGCUUUUCGCUCCUGUACCCAUCUGCCUGCUGCUGCUGAGCUUAGUGGUGUUUUACUUUUAUCCUAUCAAUGAAGAGCGACGGCAGGAAAUCCAGAUGGCAUUAAAGAAAGCAGGGGCAGAAAACGACGACAAAGGAGAAGAACUGAGUAUGAAGUAAUACAUUGUAUUUGUCAUGCCUUUUACUACUCUUGUAACAUGUUAAAUGAGGCUUCUGCAACUGUUAAUCGUGAAGAUGUUUGUUUCUUGUCAAUGUAAAGUCUUUAACUUAAACAAUGUUUCUUAAUGCCCUACACUAGAGUCUUACUAAUCUGACACUCAUAGUUUAGAUCAUAGAGCCAUCCAUAAGCUGAUGGCUUGCAGAAGGGAAACAUGUAAAACCCAGACCAGAAUUACAAGAAUCACUGGCUUGAGAUGAAAUUAAACAUGCAAUGUCUUCAAAUGCUGUGUCGAACGCUUCUGAUCUACAAACAUGUAGUACAAUUGUUUGGCCAGUCCAACAAAUAGAGCAAUGUUGGAAAGCAUCACAGAUCCACGAUGUUCAUCCUGUUUGGAGAAAUCAACUAAAUAAUAGCUUAUUAUUGUCUCUGUACAUUUGUCUGGUUAUGAAAGUUUGAAAGUAUUUAGUUUACCCAAAAUAUCUUAUUUUAUAUUUAACAGAAAAAAUUACUCGUACAGGUUUAGAACAACAUGAGAGUAAGUGAUGACACAAUUUUCAUUUUUGGGUGAACUGUCCCUUUAAAGGGAUACUUCCUCAAAAAUGAAUAUUCUCCCAUCAUUUACUCAUUUACAUAUUGUUACAAACCUCUA